UUUGGUCCCACUAUUCCGUAGUUUCUGCAAAAACAGAAGAAAAUAAACUUUUCCGUGAGAUUUGUUCGCACAAAUUGUGAAAAAUACAAUCGAUUGGAAGCGCGCUAUACCCCCGUUCGUCCACCACAUAUGUUUCGGAGUGUGCGGCUGGCAAAAAAGCCACAACAAACGCAAAAUUAAAGUUUCGCACGCGAAGAAGAAGAACGGACAGCAGCAGCUAUAAUUGUAGAUGUCUUAUUGUUGUUGUUUCUGUUGUACCUGCCCCGACUCUCGCCAUGACGCGGAGAUGAUGCUGCUGCUGCUGGGGCAACACUGAGGCAAGGCAAGGCAAAGUAAAAUUGGUCGAAAUAUGUGUGUGCAACAAACAACUACGCUGCAGUCGAUGAUGCAGAUGGCGACGACGUCCCAGCCCCAUUGAUAUCAUAUCGGGUGUGGGGUGGGGAGCAUUUACUUAGGUGGAAAACUAACUAUCGCCCAGAACUCGUGCGUGCCACAAAAUUGCGCCAAUAAGCAAAAGAGAGGCGAACGCAAACGCAAACAUCGUUUGUUUUAUUGCAUUCCUCGCUCGCACAAACACACACACACAAAAACACAGGCAAGCCAGCAUACACAAACAAGCAUCAAGCAGCACAGCACUCACGCACACUGGCCAAACUCUCAUCCAGCAAACACACGCGCACGCACAUUGCCCACAUCAUAUGUGUUCGUGUGUGUACAUGCUGCAGCAACAGAGAUUUUGUCCACUACUCUCACAUACACACACAUGCAUUUACGCAGCAAAACGCAGCACAACAAAACUACCACCACCACCUCUCCGCCGCAAAUGUUUCGCUUGAGUGAGAAUCCAAGACAUUGAAUCGUUGAACCAGUCCAGGCCUCAGGAAGAGCACCAGAAGGAAGAGUCAGAGCAGCAGCAGUAGCAGAAGCUCGCCAAGAUGUCGCGCUGGGGCAAAAACAUCGUCGUGCCGCUGGACUCGCUCUGCAAGGAGAAGGAGAACACCAACCGGCCGACAGUAGCCCGUUCCGUGGGCACCGUGGGAAAAUGGGGCAAGAUGGGCUUCACCUCGACCCGCACCUACACACUCUCCGCCCUCCAUCCGAUGGCAGCGGCGGCGGCGGCUGCCGCAGCAGCGGCCAGUCCUGCCCAAAGCCCGGCCUCCACCCACGACCAUGAUCCGAACGACCUGUCCGUGUCUGUGCCGGAACCGCCCAAGCCCAAGAAGUUCUUCAAGUCACGAAACGCAGCGCCGCCCGAGGUGAUUGCCCAGAUCAUCCAGCAGAUGCCGCACUGCAUCGCCACGUCGCCGAUGCGGGAUCAGCACGGCACGCCCGCCGCCGCCCACGAGACCCUCAAACAGAAGCUGGCCAAAGGCAACUCCGCAGAGCGGAAGCGCAAGUCUCCCAAGAAGAAGGCAGCUACGUCGGCGACGCCAACCACGCCAUCCACGCCAGGUGCGUUCGGCCUCGACAAAGAUGACCUGGAUGCGUCCGCGGACCAUCUGGAGGGUGGUGACGAGCCCCGCUCGACCAAGAAGAAGCGGCCCAAGGAGGAGAAGAAGCUCAAGCCGGAGGCGCCGCCAUCGCGCAUACUGGGCCGGGCCCGCAAGGCGGUCAACUAUCGCGAGGUGGACGAGGACGAUCGCUAUCCCACGCCCACCAAGGAUCUAAUCAUUCCAAAGUCGCGCACCCCAACGGAAACGGUCACAUCAGCAACGGCAUUGGCUGCCACCUCCACGGAAGCCAUCACCUCGACAGCAGCCGGCAGCAGUCCAGACUCUGGCCCAGCGCUGCCGCCCCCCACAACGGUGCCCAGUGCUGUGGCCGCGUCUGCUGCGACAACGCUGCCGCUGCCACCAACCGCCUCCGCCACGAAUCCCACAAGUGCAUCCCGCACGCCGGAGCAUCCGCCCAUUGUGCUGCGCAUUUCCAAGGGCACUUCGCGUUUGGUCAGCACGGACAGCGAGGAGCCGCCCAGCAGUUCGCCAGCGCACCAUCAGUACCACCAGCAGCAGCAACAGCAACAGCUCCUGCAGCAGCAGCAUCAGCAGCACCACCUCCAGUACCAGAACCAGAGCACGCAGACAGCUGGAACAGCGGGUGGUGCGAGUGGUGUGGUGGAUCGAAGAGACGACGAGAGAGAAAAAGUUCCUGCAAUUACGCCAAAAAUCAUUGUGAAACCUUUGCGACCGCCUGGGGCCGAGGUAACGGGUGCCGCUUCCGGCUUCGAAGAGCAGCGUCAGCCAGAGGAGCCCGCCGAGGAGGACGCCGACGAGGAAGAAGAGGAGGAGGAGGAGGAAGAGCCGCCCGAGAUCAACUAUUGCACUGUGAAGAUCUCACCGGACAAACCACCGAAGGAGCGCCUGAAGCUGAUCAUCAAGACCGACGUGAUCCGGAACGCCAUCGCCAAGGCAGCCGCAGCGGCGGCAGCCAAAGCAGCCGGGGAGGAGACGCGCAGCGAAAAGAAGUCCAAGAGCAAGAAGCACAAGCACCUCAAGCACGCCCAGCUCGAGCAGCAGCAGCAGCAGCUGCUCACCAACGCCAGCGCCAACAACAGCAACAACAUCGCCAGCGGGGGAACAGUGGCCAGUGCAAACUCAGAGUUUAAGACGCCGUCACCCCACCUGGCCCUCAACGAUCCCACGCACCACCAGCAGCAGCAACAACAACAGCAGACGCAGCCAAUCCAGCCCCAACGCGGCUCGGUGAUUUCGCCGACAACACGCUCGGAUCACGACUUUGAUUCGCAGUCCUCGGUGCUGGGCAGCAUCUCCUCGAAGGGAAACAGCACGCCGCUGCUGCUGGCGCAGGCCGUGCAGGAGGACAGCUGCGUUAUUCGGAGCCGGGGAUCCAGUGUGAUUACCAGCGACCUGGAGUCGAGCCAGCACUCGUCCCUGGUGGCGCCGCCCUCGGACAUUGAAUCGCGCCUGGAGUCCAUGAUGAUGACCAUCGAUGGAGGGUCAGCGGCAGCUGGCACCACGUUAUCGGAUGUGGCACCAGGACCGCUGCAGGAGGAUAUCCUGGCCGUUCUCCGCGGCGACAAUGUGACGCGUGUGAAUGGUGCGCCCGAGGAGCCUCCACCAGCCGUGGACGAGCCGCCGCCCAAGCGGACGACGCGCGGCAGGGCCCGCAAGGCCAACAACAAUGUGGAUGCGGCACCAGCGGUGCCGGCAGCGGUCACCGAAACGCGGACACGUGGCAGGGCCAAGGCAGCGGAGACAAUCACAUCGCCCGUGGCUGCGUCUGUGACCGUGCCCAAGCGGACCACACGCGGCACUCGCGGCGCCAAGAAAGUGGAACCGGAGACGAACAUGGAGGUGGAGGAGUCCGGCCCGCUGGCUGGCACUGAACAGGAGGAUGCCACCGCAACGGUGACCACCUCAGCGGUGACCCUGCCGCGACGUGGCCGCAAUGCCGCCGCCCGAGCCAACAACAACAAUCUGUCCAGCAUCAACAACAAUAUCAACAAAAUAGCUGCCAAUCUGUCGGCCAAGGCGGAGGCCAGUCGUCUGGCGGAGGGAGGCGGCCCGGCUCCGGGUGCGCGCAGCUACGGGCGAAAGCGGAAGAACCAGCAGGUGACGCAAGUGGUGCCGCAGGAGGCGGCAACGGCUGAGGAUGACGAGGAGCUGCCGACGCCCGCAAAAAUUCCGCACACCGAGCCCGAGCACGACGCUGAUGCUGAUGGCGAUGCGGAUGCGGACCACGAAAACGAACCGGAUCCUGAUCCGGAUCUGGACGAGGCCGACGAGCUGUCAAACAACUCAAACUCCAAUUCGAACAAUUCCUCGCUGCAGCACGACGGCUCCUCGUCGUCGCCCCCGCCGCGCGACUUCAAGUUCAAGGACAAGUUCAAGCGCACCCUCACCCUCGACACCCAGGUGGCCAAUGCCAAUGCAGAGGCCGCUGCAGCAGCCGCCGCCGCACCGCCAGCGCCAGAGACGGAGCAGCGUGGAGCCGUGAAGCUGGUCAUUUCCAAGAAGAAGGGCAGCAUCUUUAAGAGCCGCGCCCUGGUGCCCUCCGACCAGGCCGAGCAGGCGGCUGUGGCCAAGCGGCACCUCUACAAGCACAGCUGGGAUGCGGCCCUCGAGGCGAAUGGCGGCGGCACCGGCAGCGAUGCCAGCAAUGCCUCCGCACCUGGCGGCGUCUCCUCCACGGGCGGCAAGGACCAUAUGCUGCAUAUGCACCUGCUCGCCACCAAAUCCGAUGGUGACUUCUGCGACAGCCCCUCCUCCAAUAAUAAUACGAGCAGCGGCAGCUGCUCCUCCUCCACGCUGCGCGACGACAGUCCGGGCCUGGGCCUGGGUCUGGGCAAGGUCUCGCGCAGCUCGGCCAAGCAGAUCAGCAUGCCCGUCGCCCAUGCCAUGGUGGAGGGUUUCGACAUGGACGCCGCCGAGGUGGAGGAGCUGGGCCUGGAGCGGGUCGUUGGCUUGAGCAGCGUCGGAAAUCUAGUCGGUAGCGCAGCUGGCGGUCCCAUUCGGGUGGACCGCAAGACCAAGGAGUACUACACGGUGGUGCGGAAUGUGAAGACCGCCCAUCAGAUACAGGAGAUUGGCGAGUACCAGGAGAUGGACGACGACGUUGAGUACAUACUGGACGCACUGCAGCCGCACAAUCCGCCUGCGACACGUUGCCUAUCCGCCCUCCAGCUGGCCACCAAGUGCAUGAUGCCCGCCUUUAGGAUGCAUGUCCGUGCCCAUGGCGUCGUCACAAAGUUCUUCAAGGCCCUGUCCGAUGCCAACAGGGAUCUGAGCCUGGGCCUGUGCACCUCGGCCAUUAUGUACAUCCUGUCGCAGGAGGGCCUCAACAUGGACCUGGACCGCGACUCGCUCGAGCUGAUGAUCAAUCUGCUGGAGGCGGACGGCGUGGGUGUGGCCGGAGCGGCACCCUCGGACCAGCGGGCCAACUACGAGCGGAACAAGCAGAAGGUGCGCGAGCUGUGCGAGGAGAUCAAGGCACAGGGCAAGGGAACCCACCUGAAUGUCGAGUCCAUUACGGUGGGCACUCUGGCCAUGGAGACGCUGCUCUCGCUGACCUCAAAGCGGGCCGGCGAGUGGUUCAAGGAGGAUCUGCGCAAGCUGGGCGGCCUGGAGCACAUCAUCAAGACGAUAUCCGAUUUCUGUCGGCCAGUGAUUGCCUGCGACAUGGACAUGGAGCGUCAGAUCACGUGGGUGCCGGUCCUGUUGGACAACAUGCAGACGGUGGCCCGUUGCCUGCGCGUCCUUGAGAAUGUCACGCAGCACAAUGAGGCGAAUCAGCGCUACAUGCUCACCUUUGCCAAGGGCCGGGCGGUCGACACACUCUGUCUGCUGUAUCGGCUGUGCAGCCGUCAAAUGGUGUUGCAUCCAUCCACCACGGAGCUGGCCACGGGCAGCAACAGCCGCAAGGAGCAUCCGGGCGUGGCCAUGCGCGAGCUCCUCAUAAAUGUGAUGAAGGUGCUGAUCAGCCUCACGCACACCUUCAACGAGGCACAUCCAUCGCUGGGCGCCGAUUUGCUCGGCAAGCGUGGAGACGUGAUCGAGACGAGCUUUCAGCUCUUGCUGCUCUCAGGCAACUACAUUCCCGAAAACUGUGUCUUUGAGCUGAGCAUUUUGGUGCUCACACUGCUGAUCAAUCUGUGCAUGUACACGCCGCGCAAUCGCACCCAUUUGAUGGAGGCAUUUGCCCCAGCCGAAUAUGUGGCGGACACUCCACCGGUGCAGGGCAGAGUCAGUGCACUCCAGGCCCUGAUCGAGUACUUUUACAAGUGCGAGGAGCUUGCCAGAUUGGUGGAGAAGAACACCGACGCCUUCCUGGAGAGCAACGAUACGGGCAAGAAGAAACAGGAGGAAGUCGAGGAGACGGUCAACAAUCUGCUUCAGCGCGCUGGCCACCACAUGGAGCACACGCUCAAGGGCAGCUACGCGGCCAUUCUUGUGGGCAACCUGAUAACCGACAACGAGCUGUACGAGGCAAUAGUGCGGCGCCAGUUGCGCGGCCACAGUUUUCGUGAGGUUGUCGGUGUGCUGGAGAAGUAUCACACCUUCAUGAACCUGACAUCCAGCCUGGAGGCGGCUGUUGUGUCUCACAUGAAGUCCACGAAGCGCAUCAUCGACAACUUCAAGAAGCGCGACUACAUCUACGAGCAUGCGGACGAGCUCGAUGACGGUCUGCCGCUCAACCUGGAGACAACGGCGCAGGACCAUCAGGAUGAGUUGGGGGCGGGCAUCAGUGGGGAUACGACCACUUCCUCCUCGACCUCCUCGUCGCCCACAUCGUCGACGCGUGUGCCGCGCGUCUACAAGACAUACAGCAGCCAUAGAUAAUUGCUGUAAACGUGAGAUGAGAGAGUAGUAGGAGGAGGGAGGGAGGAGUCGACAGCCUACCACCAAAAUAUAAUUCUGUUUGUGAUUAUGUAAUUCGUUUAUGUGUUUGUAUGCCACUCUAUAUCUAUACUUGUGUGUAGUGUGUGUAUGUAUAUGUGUAUAUGUAUAUGCCCCCU